AUAAGUAGGCUUGCAGACUUUGAUAUUGAAAUACGACGAAUAUCCUGUACAAGUGUAGGUACAUGCUUGUAGGCUUGUUCGGUGCUUUAUGGAUGUGUAUUUUUGGCAGGUGUGCAAAACACGUUACCUUCUCUUUAGAUGAUAGGACAACGGCAUCGUGAAUGGAAAUUUCAAUAGGCAAGGUCAUAAUGUAUCUUUAUGCUUUGUCGAUGGCGAACUCGUAAGUCGUAUGUUCAUAUUGUAUAAGAUAAGUAACUAUAGUACCUACAUAACUACAUAUGCUUCAUCAUUCAUAAAGAAGAGAAGAAGUGAACGUCGUCUUCUGUCGAAGUCGAACAUUGAUACAUCGACGGUCGCGGUUUUAAAGGAAAAAAGUGUCGGAUGAACGGUAAUUUGUAGCAUUGUUUCGGCGAGAGUACACACCAUAUGAUCCGGUAAUUGGUUUUUGUGUACAUGUGGACACCGUAUGGUGAUGGCAAAUCGUACAUUUCGCGUUUAUUCGCCACUUUCCGCCAGCAAAUCGUGUCAGUUUGAAGUUGCCGGUGUACGCGAAUGACGUAACGAGCCAAGUUUUUUUCUCACCGACCGCGUGUUUAUCUUUUAUGCGUGUAUUUAGACGACUCGAGUACCUAUAUUUAUAUUGUACAUUGCGGUGAUUUGGUUUACCUUUAUUUUGUACCUUGUACGUAAUAUUGUGCGACUAUAGCUUAUGGAAUUCCGACGAUUUUUUCCAUUACAGCUGAGAGCCGAAGCUGCCUAUUUUUCCGAGUGCUUCGCAGCGAAUGUGAAUCGAUUCGAGGUGAUAAAAAUGAUGAAAUUUUGAACUAAUGUGACAUGUUUUUGCAAGAGAUUCUAUUUCGAAAAGUAUUUUGUGAAGUUAAUGGACGAAACGAACGAAAUGGAUUUUUCGAAUAAUUUGCGAAUUGUUUCAAAGAGCCGGAUUACUGAAACUAAAAAAUCGUUUUAAACUUCAUUACACAAUGCUCCGUGAUACAGCCAAAUCCGCUAAUACGAAGGAAUCCCAUCAUUGAAACGAUCAUCGAGGAACAAAACAUCAUCCACAGCUCCUACGUAUAAUUAUAGUCAUCUUUAUGUCGAUAAAAAGCACCAAAAUGAAGACAGAAUUACGUACAAAAUUUCCCCCUUUGAACGACGCCUGGUGGAAAGUGAUCACCAUCGAACCAUCCGUAGCUCUGUUUCAAAUCACCACCGUGAUGUCGAAUCAACUCUACGUGAAUUUAUACCUACAACGAGCUUGUCGUUUCAACGCUACCAGAGAACCAGACUUGAGGACAAAAUGCGACGACGAAAAAGGCGGCCAACUGUUCCUGACCCAUGUAAACUCUUGGAGGUAUACUGUCAGCAUGACUUUAAUGAUCAUUUUCACCGUGUUCGUAUCGUCUUGGAGUGAUAAAGCUGGUCGUCGUAGAAGACCUUUGAUCCUGAUACCGUUAAUUGGCUUAGUUUUGGUGACCAUAAAUGGCGCUGUGUUUUCGCAUUUUUGGACACUGCCGACUAGAAUAAUACCUUGGGUUGAAAUCUUUCUUCACGGGAUCACCGGAGGACGUCUGACUGUGAUUUUUUCCUCUCAAUUAUACAUCUGUGAUAUAACCAAUGAAAAAAAUAGAACUACUAGACUCGGAGUCAUUCAUGGGAUCAACAUUAUAGCGAUACCGAUCGGUAGUGGGAUCGUUGGAUUCAUGAUGAGAUACUUGGGGUUCACGUAUUCGUAUUUAAUAUGCACCGGAUUAGCCACUAUUGCUGUGAUAUUAGCCAUGCUGCUCAUGGAAGACGUAUCCGAACCGGUUGAGAACAAUAUGCGCUUUUGGGAUUACUUGAAUCCGACCAGAGUUGUAGAAUCAUUCAGAAUCAUAUUCAAGAGACGAGCUUACAGUAAAAGGAAAAUCAUCAUAUUGUUGUUGGGCAUCGAAGCUCUAUCAUUGCUUCCUAUAAUAGGUGAAUCUUCCGUGUUGUAUUUGUACUUAAGGUACAGAUUCCAAUGGAAUGAGAAAGAUUACAGUUUAUACAGCGUUUACAAAAUGACGUUGGUGUUUAUCGGUACUAUGUUUUGUACUUCGGUAUUAAGUAAAUACUAUAAAAUACACGACGGCGUACUGGGAGCUUUUGCAAGUGUAUUCAAUACCAUCGCGGCUGUGUUCUUUAUUUUCGCCUGUAAUACGUGGCAGCUUUAUCUUGCUCCUGUCAUCGACAUGUUCCAUGGAACUGGUUUAACAGUUGUUAGUGCUUUUGUAACGAAAUGUUUGGAAAAACACGAAACAGGACAUUUGAUGUCAGUUCGAUGCAUAUUGCAAAUCGUCACUCCGUUCUGUUUCCCGAUUUACAAUUAUGUGUACAGAAACACGAUCGAUUUCUUUCCUAGCGCAUUUUUCCUCAUAAAUAUGUUCAUGACAGUUCCAUGUAUUUUAUUAUUCGGACUUGCUUAUUAUUUACACUCCCAAACGCAAAUUAUGGAGAUAUCUCCCUCGUGAUCUCAAGAACAGACUUUUUGUGGGGUUUCUACUUCUACUUCUGAAUCCUAUCCGAAGAAUGGAUCAGUCAAUUGAGAAUCUUUGAGCAGAGCACGAAGUAAUUUGUAACUUGUUUCAGAUUCGUCGUUGACGGAAUAUUUUUAAUACUGAUACCGAGUAUUAUUGUCGAUGGUUCGGUCAACAAGAAUGUAAUACUUACGUAUCGAAAUUUUGCCUUAGAGUGGUUAUUAAAAUUUACUUAUUCGAUGUCAAAUGAGUGAUUCAGUCAAUGUUAAAGGCAAUCGAGAAGAAGCGUUGAUUUAUUAUAAUAUUUGACUUCAAUUAGUUGGUAACAAUUAGCAAAGAAUUCAGAAAAAUUUUGUCAUCGGUUUAGAUUUAGAAGACGUUUUGAGUGAAAUCAGAAAAAUGAGUGAGCAAAAAUUUUAUAAAUUGUGAUAAUAGUUUUACAGUUUUAUUUAGUGUUUUAUUUUUAAGCAUUUUUACCUUGUCACUGUAUUUUUUAUCAUCGAUCGUAAAUUACUAUGUAUUUUUUUUUUUUUUUUUUUUUUUUUUUUUACAUAUUUUUGUAAUUUUUUACUUCGUGACAUAAGUAAGAAAAAUUUGAAGACAAAAUUUGUCCUCGAGGACUACCUAAUGACCCUAACGUUAUCAGUGAUAUAAGUUAUUGAUGGUACCUGUGGUACAUGUACUUUGUAAUUUAUCUAAUAUUCUUUAUUCCACUGUAAGCAUUUUGAAAGACAAGUCGAGAGUUGAUCAAUGUACUUGACGCAAGCCUUGUAAAAUUCCAAGUUGAUACUAAGUUUCUAAAUCUAAAUACGUUGUCAAAUGACAAAUUUUAAAUCAUCUUGUGUUGGAAAACCGUUUUUUAACUAAGAAAAUGAAUAAUUACCUUAAAGUGUACUUGCUUGGUAAUUUCGUUGACGAAAAACCAAACAAAUAGCAUCAUUUACUCGUGUGAAUGCACUUGUAAUGAGUGUUUGUUCAAAUAAGAUUAUGAACUAAACAUCAAAGAACCUCAACCUUCUUUUUUCUACUUCGUCGAGCAAUUUUAAAGUUCAAAUUUUUUCUUGGGUCAUUCGCACCGAGAAACAUCAAGCAAAUGAGUUAAGUAUGGGUAUAGAUAAUCAAAAAAUAACUUUGAGAACAAUAAUAGAGAUUUAAAUAGGUAUCGUUAAUUUUGCUUGCGUAGGUGUUCUUUAUUUUCCUAUUUUUGUUUUCAUUUUUGGACAAUGUAAAAAUAUAGCUAGGUAAUCAACGAAUGUGAUGAUUAGAUUUAAAAAAAAAAAUAUUAUGAGCUAUUUUUAAAAACAAAAAUAUAAAACGAAUAAGUUGCGAUAAAAGUAUUUGAGUUUUGAGCAAAACAUCCUAGACUAAACAGUUAACGGUACCUUCUAUGUAGGUAGGUACCUACUAUUUACGAGUAGAUUGUGUAAGCUACAAAAAAUGCUACAAUGUAUUUUUAUUAUGUACUUUGUUUUUUGUUAUCGUUACGAGUAAAAAAUUUCAAUAUUUA